AUGGUGUCCAAACAGCUUUCAUGGGCGUGGUAUAUUGCGCUGGUUGCAGCAGGGUGCGAGACGCUCGUCGGUUUUGACGGAUCCGUCUUCAAUGCCAUCCAGGCCAACUCGUACUGGUUGGCCUGGUUCAAUACCCCGAAAGGCAACUUGCUCGGGUUGGUCAACACGUCCACCGCCAUCAGUUCCAUCAUUAUUGGGUGGUUUCUCGCUAGUCCGGUGACCGACUAUUUGGGCCGCAGAUGGGGUAUCGGGAUCGGUUGUUUCUGUGCUGUUCUGGGGGCCGUUGUUCAAGGUGUCUCCCCGAAGCAUAACCUUGCCUGCUUCAUCGCCGGCCGAGUCAUCCUCGGAGUAGGAACCGGAUUUACCGCAAGCGCUGGCCCGGUCUACAUGGGAGAAGUUACGCCCGCGAGGAUUCGUGGGACCGUGAUGUCGUUUUGGCAAAUGAACUAUUCCGUCGGAGCUUUCAUCGGUUUCUGGGCCAAUUAUGCCUGCGGCAAAAACGAAGAGAAGCUUGGGAACUGGAGUUGGAGAAUCGUGGUUAUCCUACAACUCGUCAUCCCAGUCUUCAUCUGCCUCAACCUCCCCUUCAUGCCAGAGAGUCCUCGAUGGUGUAUUCAGAAAGGUAACCAAUUCGAACGCGCCGAAAAUAUUCUUCGAACCAUCCGAGAGACCGAGGAAGAGGUGCAGGCAGAGAUGCUUAGCAUCCGCGAGGCCAUCGAGUUCGAAAAAGAAGUCAUUGCCGAGAAUUCAUACUUGACAUUGUGGAAGGACAAGUCGGUCAGAAAGCGCCUCAUCAUCGUUGGGCUGCUCAAUGUUGGCCAGCAGCUCACUGGACAGUCAACCCUUGCCCAGUACUCGUCAACCAUCUACAAGAAGGUCUGGACUUCGGCUAGCACGAUCAACCUCAUCAAUGCUAUCAACGCAACGUUUUCUAUCAUCUUCACGCUCAACGCGACCUGGAUGGCUGAUCGAUUUGGUCGAAGAUUCUUGCUUAUCGCUGGAGCAAUUGGCAUGUCGGCUGCCAUGAUGAUUGUGCCCAUCGUCGGCUUGGAAACACCAAAUACCCCAGAAGGUGGAAAGUCGGAACCAGUCGGUAUCGCCAUUGUCGCCAUGCUUUUUGUCUUUAUCUUCUUCUACAAACCGUCGUGGGGAGCAGCAGUCUGGAUUGUCUCUGCAGAGGUAUUUUCCAUGAACGUGCGAAUGCAGGCCGUGGGCAUGUGUGUCCAAAUGCAAAAUAUCGCUGGGAGCAUUUUUAACCAGUUCUUCCCCACGUUCUAUGCUAACUGCGGCUUGAAAUCCUUCUUCUUCUUCAUGUCUUGCAAUAUCACGCUGGCCCUUUAUGCUUGGUGGUUUCUACCGGAGACGAAGAAGGUUUCGCUGGAGGAGAUGGAUGUUCUUUUCGGCGGAGCUAAUCACACGGAGAAAGGAAGUGAAUUGCUUGACGUUCAAGUCAAGUCUACUGAAGUUAUACACCAGGAGACCAAAAAUUCAGAUUUGGUCUGA